GACCCAGAGUGUGUUCUGCUCGACAGUGAUGAUGAUGUGGAAAUGGUAGACAGUAGUACAGCAAACAGCGAAACGGCAGCUGCUCCUGUGGAACAACCUCCCGCUCCUGCGGAACAACCUCCAGCUGAAAAGGGGAAGGAAAAUGGCGGUUCACACUCUGCGGAUGUAGAAAUGGAUAACGGGGAGCCGGAGAGUAAGCGCCCAAAGAAAGAGGACUCUGACGAAUGA